CCGGGGGUUUCUGUUCAGCUGCGCUGCUCGGCGGGGGGGGGGGGCGGCGUUGGGGACCCCCCCGAAUUGUGGUGGGAGCGGGACGGGCGCCCCCUGCUGGACGACGAGGAGAGCGACAGCGCCGUGCUGCCACUGCUGGGCGGGGGGUGGGUGUGCAGCAGUGUGCUCAGGCUGCGGGCGGUUCGGCGCAGCGAUGCGGGUCGGUACCGCUGCUGGCUGCGGGUCGGAGCUGCGCUGCUGCCGUCCGAGGAGGGGACGCUGCAGGUGCACGGGCUGCCAUAUUUCGUAUUGGAGCCUCAGGACAUGGAGGUGGGGGCCGCCACCCCCUUCAAUCUGAGCUGUGGGGCACGUGGCCCCCCCGACCCCAUUCAGCUGCGGUGGUUGAGGGAUGGGACCCCCCUCCCUGAGCCCCCCCCCGGAAACGAUGAUGGAGACCCCCCCCCGCCUCCCCCCAUAGGGCUGAACCGCAGCGCCACUUUCUCCUGCGAAGCUCGAAACUCCCGCGGGGUCAGCACGUCCCGCAGCGCCGUCAUCACCGUGGUGCCGCAGCGCCCCACACGUGUGGGGCUGACCGAGGUGGGGCAGCGCUGGUUGGAGCUGAGCUGGGAGGCGGGGAGCAGCGGGGAGACCCCAACGAGAGUCUGCAGCGUGCAGGCUGUGUCGGAGGCCCCGGGGGGGGGCGAUGCGGUGCUGGAGGUUCCCGUUCCGGUGCCUCCGUUCUCCCACCGCUUGGGGGCGCUGCAGCCCCACACUCCGUACCGCCUCCGCGUCUCCUGCGGCGCCCCCGGGGGUCCCACAUCUCAGUGGUCCCAGUGGGUGCGGGCGGCAACGGCCGAGGGGGCCCCGGUUUCCCCCCCCCACAACAUCACGGCGGAGCGCUGGGGGCGGUGGGCGCGGCUGCAAUGGGCGCCGCCGCCGCUGGGGGCGCUGCAAGGGGAGCUGCGCGGAUUCCGCCUCCCCCCCAUCUCUCCCCCUAUCUCUCCCCCCAUUUCCCCCCAUUUUCCCCCGUCUCCCCCCCAGACGGAGCUGGAUGUGGGGCUGACCCAGGAGGUGAGGCUGGCGCUGCCGGGGGGUCCCAACGUGUCCGUCUGUGUGGCCGCCUACACCGGGGGGGGUGAGGGGCCCUGGAGUGCCCCCAUAGUGCUGCCUUCUGAAGACCCCCAGUCAGAUGCACAGCCUGUGCUCUCCUGGUGGCUGCUGACUCUGGGUGCCGUCACUGCGCUGCUGCUGCUGGGGGCGGUGGGGGCCGUUUGGCGGCGCCGGAAGGAAACGCGGUACGGUGCUGCCUUCGCCUCCCAUGGAGAACCGGCCGUUCAUUUCCGCAUCCGCAGCUCCUACAGCCGCAGCAGCGCCGACAGCACGCUUCGCUCUCUUGGGGUGGCUGCGGAGCUGCGGGCGCAGCUGCGGGACGUGAUGGUGGAGCGGCACCGCGUGGCGCUGGGCAAGAGCUUGGGAGAGGGUGAGUUCGGGGCGGUGAUGGAGGGCGAGCUGCACCAGGACAGCGGGAUCCUCAAAGUGGCCGUGAAAACCAUGAAGAUGGCCAUUUGCUCCCGGGGGGAGCUGGAGGACUUCCUGAGGGAGGCCGUUUGUAUGAAGGAGUUCCGGCACCCCAACGUGAUGCGGCUCAUUGGGGUUUGCCUGCAGCGCAGCGGGCCGGACGCCCCCCCCACUCCCGUGGUUCUGCUGCCCUUCAUGCGGCACGGCGACCUGCACCGCUUCCUGCUGCGCUGCCGCCUGGGGGAGCGGCCCGUGGUCUGCGGGGGGCUG